AUGUCUGGCAACGGCCAGUAUGCACUGUUUCCCAGAUCGGACAGCCAGAUCCCGCCAAUCAGAUACAAGCUCACACAAACUCCUGGCGAGAGAGCAAAACUUGUUCUGGUGAAUGAAGCUGCGAGUCACGAGCCAAAGCCUCUCUACAAAGAGGUGUCUCGAGGUCGUGGUAUUGUGAGAGGACAUCGUCAGGAGAAUUCGGAUGUGCUGCCACUACGGAGUGUCGAAGAUCUCCGUUCAACGCAUGUCGCUCAUGAGAAGCAAAGGUCGUUGUCUUCUAAUCCAGGUAGACAGCGAUCGAUGGUUGCUCAGGAGAUCUACAGCCGGCCUCGGGAUGCUAAAUCUGCCGAGACUCUACAACAUGCCGUAUUGCAACCACUGUCUUACGAAGCACCACGUAAGGUCUCAACAGGUGAUCCCUUGGAGAAAUUAGGAGCAAGAAUUAUGGCGAGGAAGAACUCGCGGGAUGAAACUCCUGUCGUCAUGAGGAAGAGUUCGCGAGACGAGAGUUAUUCCUCAAUGCGCAAAGGCUCGCGAGAGGAGAUUACUGCACUAUUAAGAAAAGGCUCGCGAGAUGAGACUGCUACACCGAGGGUCAACCAUAAAGCGGAAGAAUCAUCGGACUCAACGAGGAGUACACCACGACCACAACUUACUACUGUACCAGAGGCUCGCGAUGAAUCGAUCAUGCAACGAGGCCGUCCCAUAUCACGAAGAGACAGCCAGAGGAGAGACAAUACCGAUCCCUUUUCUGGAAAUAUGAGCCCGCGAUCACACUCCGCAGCGCCAACUUACACACUACCCCAAACCUGUUACGCGCCUUCAUACUCCUCUGUCCAACCGUCGCCUUCCAAAUCUAUACCUACACGUCCAUCCCUCAAAACGUCUGCAUCAACACCAUCUGUCCCUCGGCUUCCUUCAAUACAACCAUCUUUAUCAGCACCUAAUACUGCUCGCCCGAUGCUCUACCAAUCUUCUUCAUACCAAACCUCCUCAGCAUCCACUCGUGCUCCUCUUCAGCCAUCACCCUGGGAACCCACACAUCCACGCAAAGACUCUCUAGACCCCAUCGGCUUCCGCACAGACGGGCCCUUUCGAGUCGUCCGUGCCCUACGAGAAAUCGACAAGUCCUGUCUCCGUCUCUUCGAUGAAUGCGAAGCACUCCAACAAGACCGGCGGACCCUCCACGCUGAGAUGCUUUCUGUGGUAAAUAACCAAAACUUCAAUGCUGGACAUCUUGCUAUUAUCCGACAACAGCAGCAAGAUUUGGUUGACUUGGACACCAAAAUAGACGCUUGCAUGCACAACAUCAUGGAACGACAACGUCGAAAGACUAAACUCGUAGAUGGGCUUCCAGAGAUCCAAGAAAUGGACAAGGCGGAAGAAUUGAAAGAGAGGGUGGCUGCGAGAGAGGCAGAGGCUGCAGGCAGUGUGACUUCUACACCAGCUAGUAGAUCGGCUUCUCCCUGGGGACCUCGAGAGAGUUCUUUGAAAACGACUGCCGUACAAGCAAAUGGGUUGUUGUCGCCCCCUCCGACGUUGAAGGCGCAGCAAAGAGGUACGGUCACUUAUUCGGCCAUUAUGGAUUUUCUAGAUGAGUUCGAUUGA